AAUAAACAAUCCAAUAAACGACGACUGCUUCCUCACCGGAAGAGAGGGCCGCGGUCAGCGCACCGCCCUUCUUCCUAUUCCACCCCUCUCACGCAGUCCCCCUCCUCUCUCCCCCUCACUCUCAAAAGGUACCAAGAAAGAACAGGGGAGAAAGGGAAGGAUAUCGAUGGCCUCCAUUCCCCUCAUUCUUCUCCUCUCCCUCUACGCCCUCUAUGCCGCCAUGGCGGCGAGGAUAUCGCCUCUGUUCCUAGACCUCGAGAGGCCGGCCUCGUGGCUUCGCACCCCCUUCGACACUUCCAACUACGGGAAGCUUCAGCUCAACAAUGGAUUGGCCCUCACUCCUCAGAUGGGAUGGAAUAGCUGGAAUUUCUUUGGCUGUAAUAUUAAUGAAAAAGUGAUUAAGGAAACAGCUGAUGCACUCAUCUCGACUGGGCUGGCUGAUUUGGGAUACAAGUAUGUUAAUAUAGAUGAUUGUUGGUCUUCUUUGACACGAAAUACAAAGGGUGAAUUGGAACCUGAUCCGAAGACCUUUCCUUCAGGCAUUAAAGCACUUGCAGACUAUGUACAUGAAAAAGGCCUUAAGCUUGGUAUCUACUCUGAUGCAGGGGCUUUUACAUGUCAAGUUCGACCUGGAUCUCUCUACCAUGAAAAUGAUGAUGCACAGCUUUUUGCAUUAUGGGGUGUUGACUAUUUAAAGUAUGACAAUUGUUUCAACUUGGGUAUAAAACCGGAGGAACGUUAUCCUCCAAUGCGUGAUGCACUCAAUUCAACUGGGCGCACCAUUUUCUAUUCUUUAUGUGAAUGGGGUGUAGAUGAUCCAGCCUUAUGGGCUGGUAAAGUUGGAAAUAGUUGGCGGACAACAGACGAUAUUACUGAUUCAUGGGAAAGCAUGACCACUAUUGCUGAUCUCAAUGAUAAGUGGGCAUCAUAUGCUGGGCCUGGUGGAUGGAAUGACCCGGAUAUGUUAGAGGUUGGCAAUGGGGGUAUGACUUACAUGGAGUAUCGUGGCCAUUUUAGCAUAUGGGCUUUGAUGAAGGCUCCUCUUUUGAUGGGUUGUGAUGUGAGAAAAAUGACUGCUAAAACAUUUGAGAUCUUAAGCAAUGAGGAAGUCAUUGCUGUAAACCAAGACCCUCUCGGUGUUCAAGGAAGGAAGGUUUCUGUUGGGGGAAACAACGAUUGCAGCCAGUUUCAUAUGCUUGGAAAUUUUAGGUUUGGGCUGGUCCUCUCUCUGAAAACCGGCUUGUUGUUGCUUUAUGGAACCGUUGUUCUGAAGCUGUCACGAUUACAGCCAAAUGGGAAAUGCUAGGCCUUGACUCAACCACUAGUGUUUCUAUAAGAGACCUCUGGAAGCAUGAAACUCUACAAGAGAAUGUAGCUGGUAGUUAUGGAGCUGAGGUCGAUGCUCAUGACUGCAAAAUGUACAUCUUUUCUCCUACAAGCUCCCUUUCUGUAAGUUAAUUAUUACAGUUUGUAUUUUCAUUGUCCUUGUAUAUUUCUAUUUAUUGAAAAUAUUGAAGAGUCCACGCCUUACUGUACUUGAUGACUUUCAAAUUCUUUUACAAACAAUCAGAUGGAGACUGAAUUAAUUGCACCUUAAUUGUUUUUGCUUAUC